AUGACUACCCUGAUCAACCCAAACACAUCCGCGUCCCACCAUACCCCUCCCCUUCUCCGCCCGCCAACCCCCUCCAUCCGCCUCUAUCCCCUCUCAAACUACACCUUCGGCACCAAAGAGACCCAGCCCGAAGAAGACCCCAGCGUCCUCGCCCGCCUCGCCCGCCUCGAAAAUGACUACGCCAACCACGGCAUGCGGCGCACCGCCGAAGCCUCCUAA